AGUUUUUUAUUAAUUAAAAAAAAAAUUAUGGGUGUUCAAGAAAAAGAUCCACUUUUGCAAUUAAGUUUACCACCAGGAUUUAGAUUUUAUCCAACUGAUGAAGAGCUUUUAGUUCAAUAUUUAUGUAAGAAAGUUGCUGGACAUGAUUUUCCUCUACAAAUUAUUGGUGAAAUUGAUUUAUACAAAUUUGAUCCUUGGGUUUUACCUAGUAAGGCGACAUUUGGUGAAAAAGAAUGGUAUUUCUUCAGUCCGAGGGAUAGGAAGUAUCCGAAUGGAUCUAGACCGAAUCGAGUAGCAGGUUCGGGUUAUUGGAAAGCAACGGGGACGGAUAAGGUGAUAACUUCGCAAGGAAGAAAAGUUGGAAUUAAGAAAGCUCUUGUGUUUUAUGUGGGUAAAGCUCCAAAAGGAUCCAAGACGAAUUGGAUUAUGCAUGAAUAUAGACUUUUUGAAUCUUCAAGGAAAAAUAAUGGAAGUUCAAAGCUAGAUGAAUGGGUGCUUUGUCGAAUUUAUAAGAAGAAUUCAAGUGGACCAAAACCUCUGAUGUCUGGUUUACACAGCAGUAAUGAAUACAGCCAUGGUUCGUCGACUUCGUCAUCAUCCCAAUUCGAUGAUAUGCUCGAAUCAUUACCAGAAAUGGACGAUCGAUUCUCCAAUUUACCGAGGUUGAACUCUCUCAAGGCCGAGAAAUUCAACCUCGAUCGUCUGGAUUCAGCCAAUUUCGAUUGGGCAAUUCUCGCUGGGCUCAAACCAAUGCCGGAAUUGGGCCCAGCAAAUCAAGCUCCAGGCGUUCAGGGUCAGGCUCAGGGGCAUGUCAAUAACCACAUUCACAGCGACAACAACAAUAUGAAUUUUCUCAACGAUGUUUACGCCCAUCCUCCAAAUUUCCGAGGCAACACAAAGGUUGAAAGUAUUAAUCUAGACGAAGAAGUUGAAAGCGGGAAAAGAAAUCAACGGAUUGACCAAUCGAGUUACUUCCAACAGAGUCUCAAUGGAUUUUCCCAAGCGUAUACAAACAAUGUGGAUCAAUUCGGGAUCCAAUGUCCGAAUCAGACGUUAAAUCUCGGGUUCAAGCAGUAGAGGAUACUGGAAAGUAAGAAAAGUUGUAGCUCGAAAUCUGAAUGCCAGUAUACUGUGUAUAUAUACAGAAGGCCUGGAUUUAGAUUUCCUUGGCCCAACGGAUUCGAAGAAAGAGCAAGUACAGUAUCAUGCCAAGGAAAUUAAGUCCUUCGAGGGCACGUCUGGGCAGACGUCGUGGACGUUAUUUGCAAGUUCUUGCAAUUGUGUCUGAAGUCAUUAGGCUGAGUGGCACUUCUUAUUUGCAAGUUGUGUUUGAAGUCAUUAGGCCGAAGGCACGUCUGCGUGGACGAUAAAAUAAUGUACACAAACAGGAGAUAUAUGCAGGGGCGUGUAUAUUCUUUUAGGAAACUGGGCUUUUAGUUUGUUUUAUUUUAUGAUACAUUUCCAGAUUUGGAUGUAUUUUGUAAUUUUUACAUUUCUGUGUAGCAAGUUAGAAGAUAUAUAGAAAGAUACUUUUAAAAUACUUUUUAUAA